AUGAUGGCCAUCGCCAGACCCGGGGGGCGGCAUCGGGCGGGGGGUGGCCUGGGCCGCCGAGGACGCUACUGGCACAUGGGCAUCGUGUUUCUGGUGUACUCCAGCUUCCACGCGUACUCCGCGUCGAUCGGCGGCAGCGGCAGCGACGAGCAGUCGGCGGGGGACCUGGCCGCCGCCGCGGCUGGUCUGGACCUGCCCAACGUCUCACCGAAUCCGGCCUUCUUCUCCGCUACCUCCUCGUCGGCCGGAGACACCGACACGGAGGACACGACGGCGUCGACGGCGGAGGAGCCGGGGCCGACAGAGGAGACGGUGCCGACGGGGCGGCCACACAAGCACCACACGCACCCGACCUGGCGGCCGAAGCGCGAGAACUGCACCCCGCCGGCGAUCGAGCAGUUUCCGGAGCCGCUGAUGGGCCCGAACGUGCGCAAGCAUGGCGGCCUGAUCCUGCACGUCCUGGUGGCGAUCUUCACGUUCCUCGGGCUCGCCAUCGUCUGCGACGACUACUUCGUGUCGAGUUUAGAUAGAAUCUGUGAAGAGCUGAAGCUAUCACCGGAUGUUGCCGGCGCCACGUUCAUGGCCGCCGGCAGUUCGGCGCCCGAGCUCGCAACCGUCGUUAUCGGGGUGUUCUUCGCCAAGGACGACAUCGGCAUUAGCGGCGUGAUCGGGUCGGCCGUGUUCAACAUCAUGUUCGUGAUAUCGGUGUGUGCACUGUGCUCGGGCACGGUGCUCCAGCUCAACUGGUGGCCGCUGGUGCGGGACUGCACCUUCUACACCAUCUCGAUCCUGGUGAUGCUGAUUGUCAUCUUCAACGACGUGAUCUCCUGGCCGGAGUCCCUCGUCAUGCUACUGUUCUACGUCGUGUACUGCGUGGCGCUACACUUCAACACGCCGCUAGAGAAGUGGGCCCACACCUGGAACCUGCCGAUCAAGCUGCCGACCAAGGAGGAACAGUCGGCCCUGGUCACCUACAAGAACCUGCCCGAGACGACCUACACGCAGGGCCAGCAGCCCGGAACCACCGAUCAGCAGCAGCAGCCCCCGGCGGCCGUGGAGCAGCCACCGGCCCAGGUGGACCAGGGAUACGCGGCGUACAUGGAUCCUAACGCCAGCUGGGAUCCGAACGCGGCCUGGGGUGAGCAGGCGGCACCGGCGGCGCCCACGGCAAUGGCGGGCGGCAACACCGGGGGCAACUUGAAUGACGCGUGGAACAGUGGCACCGGCCAGCAGAACUACGCGUACGAGGAUCAGUACGGCCAGGAUGGCCAGAAAGCCAGCCAGCCGGCGGUCCAGCAGCAGGCGACGGUGGUGGCCGGCGCACCCGCCGCUGGCGGUGAGGACUACUACAAGCCGAAGGAACCGCGACCGCAGGACUCACACAACCCGCUCGAGAAGCCGGUGGAUGGGGGCGUGCUGGCGCAGGUGUCCUGGGCGAUCGUGUACCCGAUCCACUACACGGCCCGGCUCACGAUGCCGGACUGCAAGACGGAGAAGUACAAGAACUGGUACCCGUUCACCUUUCUCAUCUCCAUGAUCUGGAUCUCGUUCUACUCGUACUUUAUGGUGUGGAUGAUCACGAUCAUCGGUUCGACCCUCGGCAUCCCUGAUACCGUCAUGGGACUAACGUUCGUGGCCGCCGGUGUGUCCGUCCCGGACGCGCUUAGUUCCAUCGCGGUGAUCAAGGAGGGCUACGGCGACAUGGCCGUCUCGAACGCCGUCGGGUCGAACGUGUUCGACAUUCUGAUCUGCCUCGGGCUGCCCUGGUUCAUCCAGACCGCCAUCAUCGCGCCCGGUUCGCACGUCAACGUCAUCUCGAAGGGGCUCACCUACUCGACGCUGUCCCUCCUCUCGACCGUGCUGUUCCUGCUGUUCGCCACGCACCUGAACGGCUGGAAGCUGGACAAGCGCCUCGGGAUCGUGCUGAUGUUCUGGUACCUGCUCUUCAUCACCGUCGCGUCGCUCUACGAGCUGAACUUCUUCGGGCAGCUCAACCCGCCCGAGUGCCCAAGCAUCUACUAA